GCGCCGCGCCAGGCACAAGGAAAAGGACGGGCUUGCGCAUGCGCCAUAUUUAUGUUGUUGUUUGUGGCGGUAAGAUGGCGGCGCUGGGAGACACCUCAGAUCCGGGGGUGAACGGGUUAAUUCAACAAUUCACAGCAAUAACAGGGGCCACUGAGAGUGUAGGACAACAUAUGCUGGAAGCAUGCAACAACAACCUGGAGAUGGCAGUGACUAUGUUUCUGGAUGGAGGAGGGAUUGCAGAGGAGCCCAGCACCAGCUCCAGUUCGGCAGCUUCAAGCAGCAGAGCUCCCCCCUCAGAUGAAGUCCGAGCACCCAUUCCCCAGAAGCAGGACAUAUUGGUAGAACCUGAACCACUGUUUGGAGUGCCAAAGCGAAGAAGACCUGCUAGAUCCAUAUUUGAUGGUUUCCGAGACUUCCAGACAGAAACGAUUCGUCAGGAACAGGAGCUGCGUAACGGUGGCACAGUGGAUAAGAAACUGAGCACCCUGGCAGACCUUUUCCGUCCUCCCAUUGAGCUCAUGCACAAAGGCAGCUUUGAGACGGCAAAAGAUUGUGGACAGAUGGAUAACAAGUGGCUAAUGAUCAACAUUCAGAACGUUCAGGACUUUGCCUGCCAGUGUCUGAAUAGAGAUGUAUGGAGUAAUGAUGCGGUGAAGACCAUCAUCAGAGAGCACUUCAUAUUCUGGCAGGUGUAUCAUGAUAGUGAAGAGGGACAAAGAUACAUCCAGUUCUACAAGCUGAACAAGUUCCCCUAUAUUUCCAUCCUUGAUCCACGCACAGGUCAGAAAAUGGUGGAGUGGAACCAGCUGGAUGUGGCUGCAUUUCUGGAGCAGGCGACUGGAUUUCUUGCAGAGCACGGGCAGCUCGAUAGGCCUUCCUGUCAUGCACCCCCUGCCAAAAGAGCUCGAUCUGAGAGUCUGAUCGAUGCCAGUGAAGACAGUCAACUGGAGGCAGCGAUCCGAGCCUCCCUACAGGAAACUCACUACGAGUCCUCAAAUGCCCAUGAACACCCUGAUUCCCCCCGAUCAGACGACGAAUCAGACGCAGAGCCUUUCUCUGACAGCGAGGGCCCCAUCUCUGUUGAUGGCUCAGACAGUGAAACAUCAGAACCCCACGAAGAGAAAAGUCCCACCAGCAAACAUAUCCCACCUCCCCCAACGACAGCGGCCCAGCAGCGUCUACACCCAGAUAGUUCCUCUUCUUCUUCUUCUUCCCUCAGAAAGUCUCCGUACAAAGAAAACAAUCACAGUCACAAGAAGGAGGAAAGCAAAAAGAACCACCUGGAGCCCUCAGCUGCUGGUCCUCGUCAUCUUCAACCCGACGCAGACUCUGGAGGGAACCACUGUUCUCCUGCGGCUGAAAGCUCUGGACUAUCCAAGACCGGCACCACCAAAACCUGUGAAGAUGACUGUCCUGAUGACAACAGUCCCAAGGCCAGGUUGAUGCUCCGUUACCCCGAUGGACAGAGAGAACAAAUAUCCUUGUCUUCUAAAGCCAAACUUUUGGCCCUGGUUAGACAUGUCCAGUCCAAAGGGUACCCUAAUGAACGUUUUGAACUCGUCACCAACUUUCCCAGGAGGAAGCUUGCCCACUUGGACUAUGACAUCACGCUGCAGGAGGCGGGGCUUUGUCCACAGGAGACUGUAUUUGUGCAGGAAAGGAACUAGCCUUGUCAGACACACUCCCUCUUGCUUGUCUGUUUCUCUCUGAUAAACCCCACCCUUUCACAGAUGAUCCAAGACAAUGUUGCUGGCCUUGAUCCCAUAACCGUCUGUUCUCUGGGAUUUUGGCCCUGUUCUUUUUUUCAUGACAACUCUCAGUGGAUGGACUACUUUUCCUGCCACACCACUUGUCUAGAUACUGAUGCCCUUACUGACAGCCUAAUCCCUUUGUAGUGCUCUACAAUUGGCCAGUAAGGUUUCAUGGAUGUGAGGACUCUUUCAUUUUCUUGAGUGAUUUAUUGUUUUCUGAUGUCACAUUCAUUUUGGUCUGAAAACUGAGGCACAUCAGAAUAGAAUAUACCAUAUAGCUCUUAAUAAAAUUAAAAAUAAACAAUUUCCCAUUAAUGAUGAUGAUGAUGAUACACCACAAAUUUGAUUCCAAAAAAAAAAAAUACUUUUACCUCGCAGAAACAAUGUCAGAUGUCAAAAGUUUAUUUUCUAGCUUUUCUUGUCGUUUUCUGUACCUGGGGGACAAGUAAAGAGAGGAUCACUCUCGUUUAUUUUAAUCCAAAUUGUGUCUCUCACAUUGUCAUCAGUUGAGGGAUUGUAUUUUUCCUGAGCCCGGGGCCCCUAAGAGUAAAACUCGAAAGACUACAAGUCAAAAAGAUCUCCCCCUGCCGGACAUCCGUGGCACACUCAUCGUGUAAAUCUGAGAGAACUGUGGUUGAUCUGCACAUUUUUACUCAAGUUUCUAUUGUUUAAUUAGAGACUAGAAGUUUGUUUUUGGAUUUCAACUUUUGAUACAGAAGGGAAUGAAUGGAGGGUGGUACAUCUCAUCAGUCGGACCUACACUGUACAGAGAUGGCUUAGAGACUGGUUUAGCCGUAGUCAUUGUUUCCUCUCUUUUUAUAUGCUGCCAAGAAAUAUACUGAUGUUGAAAUAUAACUACCAAAACCAAGGGA